AUUCACUCUCGCAUGUUGGCAGCUCGGUGAAGAGAUUGUGUUGCUUGUGCACCUGUUCUCAUCUGAUACAGCUUAAGAAUAAGAGUGAAACCGAAAGGGGGAAAUGGAACUGUAUUUAAAAAUCACAGCAGGCCUCCUUCUGAUUGUCCAUGCCUUCCACCUGGCAUCGCUCCAAGAUCCAACCGACUCUCCGGGGCGUACAAUUGAUAAAAGCUGGCUCCGUGAACUCGCCAAAAAUACAGCUGGAAGUCUAAAUGCUGCAGUUCCUGGAGAGGAGGCAGAGUAUGAUCAGGAAGCUGAUGCGACGGCUUCGGAGCCAAGUAAUGAUUACAGUGGAAUAGCAUCUGGCUCCAUGGCAGCAUUUAAUGCAGAAGAGGAGAACCUGUCGGGCCAUGAAAGCGGUGCAAAUAAUACAUCUGAUGAUCUGAAUGUUGUCGCUACCACGCUGCCUCCUGCAUUUACUAACGGCACAACAAAACAACCUGAACUGCCAGACGCCACACUUUCUCCAAACACGACAACUACACAUCCCACAAGCUCAAGUCAGACCAACGUGACAGAAGCGGAGGAUGGCUCUCAUAACUCGACCACGACCCCUCAAACCUCCACCACUCGUUUGAUUUCACAAAACUCCACCAGCUUUCCAGAUUUUUCCAAUCGUACUGAUUUACAGUCUACAACCCCGCCUCCAGAGAGUAACGCCACACAAGAAUCCACAACAAGACCGAAGGCACACACGGGGUUAACCAACAGCACAGGAUCUACCAACACAACGGCCGUAACAACCACAGCAUCACCAGAGAUAAACAAGACGUCGACCCUGUCUUCAUCUACGACAGUGCUCCCCUCUGAGACAACAGAGACGAGCCCUGCGACCACGACCGCCGCCGCUCCGAACACACCUGAGAAGGCCAACAAGACAGACAAAGACGCCGCCUCAGGGAGCAGCUCAGAAAGAGGUUUGGCGUCAGAUCCACACAGGAGUAACAGGAAUGGAGCAUGGGGGGCUGUGCUGGGACUGGCAGUGGCUGUGGCCAUCGUGGGACUGGUGGCCUAUGUCAUCCUGAAAAAGAAACAACAGAAGGCUUUCUCUCACAGGAAACUGGUGGAGGAGUAUCCUUCAGACCCAGUUCUCAGAUUAGACAACAGCGAUCCUUUGGACUUGAACUUUGGCGGUUCGGCCUAUUACAACCCAGGACUCCAGGGGGACAACAUCCAAAUGACCAACUUUCCAGGACGCCAGAGAAACUGAAAGGACUCCCAAGACCAAAGACACGAACUCCCUUGAAAGAAAAGUCUGUCACCUACUCUAACUGACCUUCGAUAGACAACUGAUAAUGUGGAGUUUUGUGAAUAAGACUGUCUGAAAGUGAAAUUUGUGGACAGAAAUCACAAAGAGAGUUUGUCGGCCACCACAAAUGAUACUCAUUGUCAGAAUAUGAAUCGUGUUGUGUAGAUUUAUUGCACUGAACUAAAGGGAUCACUGAAGGAAAUCUGUCUGAAGCACACUGCCACAGCCAAUAUUAACUCUUAGCCAUUUAUGUAUGUUGCCAAAGGGAAUAAAAUUCUUCAUUAGUCUUUCCUAAUGAAGAAUAUGCUUUGCAGUCAAUGAAGGAUAUUAAAAAUUCAUAUUUUCUAUAACUUUUGAUUUAAUAUAAAUAUUUUUUUGCGUGGAUAGGAGCCACAAAAUUCUUUUGCAGACAAGCAAAACAAAGACAUUAGCGUAUAAUCUGAUCAGAUAAAGAGAAGAAACUAGAAUGUGUCUCCUGCUGAUGCAAAACAUUGUAAAAGAAAAGAAAAGAAAAAGCAGUCUAAGUAACAGAUGAGACAGGAGGCCUUUGCGAUGAAAUUCAGGCGCCAUGGUCAACAAUAACAUUAUCCAUAUCAGCUAUCACCUGCUGUUAUGGCAUCAGGAAGGCAAUAAGAAAUUUAAUUUGAACUGCGCCUUCAGAUAUUCCACAACUGGCAGUCACAGCCAGAGACUGAGAAUUCAACCGUCAAACCAAAGACUUGAAUUUGUUUUUCCACACCAGUGAGGGAGGU